AUGAUUGCCAUCGGUGUUGAGCUUGAGUCCGAUCGUGCGGAGAUGCUGAUCCAGCAAGUCUUGAAUUUGGAGAGGCCCUGGCGAGAGCGAAGAGAUAUGCUAAGUGGCAUUCUAUCUGCUGCUUCCGUGGCAGACCGGAAGAAGGUGGUGCAGAAUCUGGACCAGCGUUUUGAGGCCCAUGCGGAUCUCGACGAUUUCGAGAUUGUUUGUGGGAUCGCCGAGCAUAUCGGGGUAGAGAUACCAAGGGACGGCGCAAUUCGACGAUGUGCGCUUCGGCGAUGGGCUCUGGACACCAAGCGUGGUGGGGCCUUGCCAGUGGCCCGUCUGAUGGAUUUUGUCGACUGCGAUGCGGCGAUCGGUCAGGAUGUGGCAUUGAGCCUCCGGCAACGUGGCCGGAUAGCGGAUGCCGCGAUGCUGCUAUCUCGACUGCCCAACCUAGAUCAAGGCAACGGCACGGUUGCGGGCCAGGUGGAGAUGGCAUUGGGGGAUGUGGAGCUCGAGCGGCUGCAGGAACUUCUAGCACUUGGAGACGAUGGUGCCGAGGGCGGACAAGGAGAACAGGUCGUGUUCGCGCCGGUGGACUCCUCUGGCUUCCUUCUGCCAUUCCAGGGUCAGGCCAUCACCUCAGCGGAAGAAGCGCUGGAGGCGUGUCAGAGGCUGCGGGAUGCUCCGGUGCUCUCAGUUCAGGUCUUCCGAGAGGAGGCUCCGUUCUGGCACUGCCCGGCGAGCAUCCUCGCGGUCUGCAGCGACGACUCUGCCGAGCUUUUCGAUCUCACUGCUCUUCGUGCUGAGUCUAAGCCGUCGGAACCGCGCGAUGCUGUUGAGACGAAGCCUUCGGAGAAAGCACCGCUGACCACUUUUGGCUUCAACCUUCCGGCGGGUGCGGAAGUCUCCAUUGGCUGGCCAGAUGCCACUGCAAGCCUGCGGGCCCUGCUGUCCGACGGCCGAAGGCUGAAAUGCAUCUGGGGAGGAGAGGAGGAGAUCGUGGACAUUGCCUAUGAGUUGGGCCUCGGCAUAGCCAGCACCCUCAAGCCCGGCGACAAGGAGCCCCUGGGUCCGGUCUUGGAUACGGAGGCUCUCUUCAAGAACCUGCUGAAUACCGAGGUACAGUGGCCGGCUGUCCUCCGCCGGUUCCUGGGCUUUCGCCUCUGCACAGAGGAGGAAGGCAGCAACUGGGCGAGGAGGCCGUUGCGCCAUUCGCAGCUGCACCACAGCGCAGUUCUGACCUGGACCCAGCUUCUCAUUGUACGCGCCAUAUGUGGGCACGGCCUCGUCACGGAGCCUUUUUUGCGCUCCCACGUUUGCGUUCAGUGUCGUCCGCGACUUUUUGGCCGCAGCCGUGGCGUGGGAAAGCACGUGCUGGGCCAGCUGGCGCCUGCAGGGCGCCUGGCUGCCGAGAAUGAGAUCUCCGCGGCUCAGAAGCCGUGGCUUUGGAAGGGCCCCGUUGUGUCGACCCGAUCCGGGCCGGUCUCCACCAGGGUGGUUCUCCUCUUGGGGAAGGAGGGGGAAGCCGAUGAAGUUGUCGAAAUGGUCGGCGAGUUAGCCGGCAACGCUGCGCACGUGAUUCCGCUUGGGGCCCCCCUGCACAAGCAGGUGCGAAGCAUUCGGCCUAGCGAGCUGCGAAGCUUGAACUCUUGGGACUAUCCCGAGUGGAUCAGCCGCCUUCCUCGUGGAGAUGCGGGUCCCGAGCCAGCACGGCCCACGCUUGCGCAGCCACACUCGGAGGUGCUGCCAGCAUUUGCAACGAGGCUGACACCUUCGAACAAUGCCGCCUCCGUUGCAAGGACGGUGGCCCUCCCUGAUCGCAAGCAGCUGCUGCCGGUGCCAGAUCGCGAAGAACGAUGCCUCAACCUUUGCCGAAGCUUAUUCGACAAGGAGGUUGCCAAGAAAUUAUUGAGUUCAGCUGCAGAUGCUCAGCCACGACAUCUACUUGGCUGCUAUGCAUCUGUGGGUGAGGACUCGGCUGAUGCAAAACCAGGUGGGCGCCAGAGCAAAUGUGUCUCGGAAACUGGGUUUUCGACAAGUCAGCAAUAA